UAUGCUCUGUCUGUGAGCACGCAGUAUAGGAGUACUGAUACUGAUGGAGGCGGCUGCCCCUCCGGGCGCACAUUCCUAGCACGGGGGCGUCACACAGGACGUCACGGUGGUGACGCGCUUCCCGGACCAGACUGCUGCCGUGUGCCGCCGGGAUGGAUCGCAGCACCGAAUAGCCGCCAUGUAUCCUCGCCCGCUCUGCCAGAUGGCGGCAGAGAGCCCCCCGGGGCCCCGAGCGCCCGCCGUUCUCCGCCGCAUCCCGCCUCGCCCGCUGGCCCGCGCCCACAGCGCCCUGCUGCCGUCCAUGCUGAUGUUCGGGGUGAUCGUGGCGUCCAGCGGGCUGCUCCUGAUGAUAGAGCGGGGGAUCCUGGCCGAGGUGAAGACCCCUCCUCCCCGCGGGGACGUGGCGUGGCGGAGCCGCACCCGGGAGCUGGAGGCCGACGAGCUGGAGCUGCAGAUCCUGCGGGACGUCCGGAACCGCACCACGAGCCGGGUGUGCGGGCACAGGAGCAUGCCGCACAGCGUGUGGGCGCUGCCGCCCGGCCAGAGGAGGACCCUGCUCAAGCACAUCCUCGUCAACGACAAGUACAAGUUCCUGUACUGCUACGUGCCCAAGGUGGCCUGCUCCAACUGGAAGAGGGUCCUGAAGGUGCUGGACGGCAGCCUGGAGAGCCUGGACUCCCGGCUCAAGAUGGACCACCAGAAGGACCUGGUCUUCUUGUCCGACCUGUCCGUGGAGCAGAUCAAGCAUCGCCUGCGCCAUUACUACAAGUUCCUGUUCGUGCGGGAGCCGCUGGAGCGCCUGCUGUCCGCCUACCGCAACAAGUUCGGGGAGAUCAAAGAGUACCAGCAGCGCUACGGCCUGGAGAUCGUGCGCCGCUACCGGCAGGACCCCGCCGCCGCCUCCAAGGGGGAUGACGUCACCUUCUCCGAGUUCCUCCGGUACCUGCUGGACGAGGACGCGGAGAAGAUGAACGAGCACUGGAUGCCCAUCUACAACCUGUGCCAGCCCUGCGCCGUGCCCUACGACUUCAUAGGCAGCUAUGAGAGGCUGGGGGAGGACGCCAACCGGGUGCUGGAGGCCGUCGGUGCCCCCAGCUACAUCCGCUUCCCCGAGAGACAAGCCUGGUACAAGCCGGUCACCCAAGAGACCUUCCGUUACUUCCUGUGUAACACCCCGCAGGGGCUGCUCAGGGAGCUGCUGCCCAAGUACAUCAUGGACUACUCCUUAUUCGCCUACACCCUGCCCAAUAUCACCAGUGAAUACUGCAGGCAGUAAUGCCCCAUGCCAUGCAGGCGGUAGUAUACCGGGCAGGUAGUAAGGUCUGAUACUAUGCUGGCAGUAAUGCCUUAUGCCAUGCAGGCAGUAAUAUAGCAUGCAGGUAGUAAGGUCUGAUACUAUGCUGGCGGUAAUAUGCCAUUCAGGUAGUAUGGUCUGAUACCAUGCAGGCGGUAAUAUACCAGGCAAGUAGUAAGGUCUGAUACUAUGCAGGCGGUAAUGUCUUAUGCCAUGCAGGCAGUAAUAUAGCAUGCAGGUAGUAAGGUCUGAUACUAUGCUGGCGGUAAUAUAGCAUGCAGGUAGUAAGGUCUGAUACUAUGCUGGCGGUAAUAUGCCAUUCAGGUAGUAAGGUCUGAUACUAUGCUGGCGGUAAUAUGCCAUUCAGGUAGUAAGGUCUGAUACUAUGCUGGCGGUAAUAUGCCAUUCAGGUAGUAAGGUCUGAUACCAUGCAGGCGGUAAUAUACCAGGCAGGUAGUAAGGUCUGAUACCAUGCAGGCAGUAAUGCCUCAUGCCAUGCCGGUAGUAAGGUCUUAUACUUACUAUGCUGGCUGUAAUGUCUCAUGCCCUGCAGGCGGUAAUACGCAGGCAGUAAAGUCUGAUACCAUGCAGGCGGUAAGGUCUUAUACUAUGCUGGCGGUAAUAUGCCAUUCGGGUAGUAAGGUCUGAUACCAUGCAGGCGGUAAUUUCUGAUACCACACAGGUAGUAAUGUCUUACACCAUGCAGGCAGUAAGGUCUCAUGCCACGCAGGCAGUAUUGUCUGGUACCACGCUGACGGUAAUAUACCAUGCAGGGAGUAAUGUCUCUUACCAUGUAGGCAGUGAGGUCUUGAUGGUAAGCUGAUAUACCAUGCUGACAGUGAGGCCAUAUAGAAUCCAGCAAUGCCAGAGAUGUGAAUAGAUCACCACUUGAUCCCUAUUGCCUAUAUUAGGAUCCAGCAGUGAUCUGGCCUCUUUUCAGCAUAAAAGCUGGGUUUCAAUCGGACAAUACUGAUGCAUGCAGUGUUUUUAUUCCGGCCGACAUUCGGCAUUUAUGCCGGAUCAUCCCUAAAAGAGAUGUGAACACAGCCUACGGUCUUACACCAUGCAGAUGGUCAGGUCUUUUACAGUGCAGGUACUAAGGUCUUAUACUGUGGAAGUGGUAAGGUCUUAUACCGUGCAGUAGGUCACUUUCUAUACCAUGUAGGUACUAAGUUCUUAUACCGUGCAGGCGGUAAGGUCUUAUACCAUGAAAGCGGUAAGGUCUUAUACUGUGCAGGCGGUAAGGUCUUAUACUGUGCAGGCGGUAAGGUCUUAUACUGUGCAGGCGGUAAGGUCCUGCACCGUGCAGAUGGUCAGCUCUUAUACUGUGCAGGAGGUCACUUUUUAUACUGUUCAGGAAGUCAGCUCUUAUACCGUUCAGGAAGUCAGCUCUAUUACCGCGCAGGCGGUCAGCUCUAAUACCGCGCAGGCGGUCAGCUCUUAUACUGUGCAGGAGGUCACUUUUUAUACCGUUCAGGAAGUCAGCUCUUAUACCGCGCUGGCGGUCAGCAGCUCUUAUACCGCGCAGGCGGUCAGCACUUAAACCAUGCAGGCGGUCAGCUUUUAUACCGUGCAGGCGGUCAGCUCUUAUACCGUUCAGCCAGUAAGCUCUUGCGGCUUUUUCUCCAGUCUCAGUAUUUGCUGCAGGUUAUAUCCAUUGUCCUGUGUGUAGCAGUCAUACCUACCUUGUGCAUAUGGCCAUACGAUUUCAGUCGUGUUACAGUGUAACCUUCCCUGUCUACAGAGGCUGUAUGUAUAUAUAUAUGUCCUGUAUACUAGUAGGCAUCCUACUUCUUAUCUAUGCAAGAGGGAGCACCGGGCACAUUGACCAGCGAUGGGGCUAGGAGCAACGUUGUCUUUUACGUGUCACAUGAUAAACCUGCUUCAUACCGUAAUGUUAGAAAACGCUGAACAAGACUCAUCCCUCUAUAGCAGGGUCUCCGCGUUCAGGUCUUUGGAUGCAUGUCCUCUCUCCCUGGACAUGUACAUGUCUGACUGCACCAGUAUGUUGGGUUUCCACAGGUUGUAGGACUUCCUUAUUAUACGUUGACUAUUUAUUACAUGUGUAAUACCCUCUCCUUAUGCCCUGCGCCAUUCAGUGGUGUGUGUCCAUGAAUGUUGUUCUGUCUACAGAUGGCCGGGGUAAACCACCCCUAUAGACCAGUGUUCCUCAACUCUAGUCCUGAGGGUCCAUCAUGAUUUGAGAACAUCUCGCAGAAUGAUGCAUAGUCAAUCAUUAUCACCUGCUCAACACUAUGGAAAUCCUGAAAACAUGACUGAUAGGUGGCCCCUGAGGACGGGAGUAGAGGACCACUGCUCUAGAGGAUGUCCACACAGGACUUAAAGGGACCUUGGGUGAGGUGCUUACCUGCUUCCCGGUGCUUUCUCUCCUCUCGUGUUGUAUUGCGCUCCCAGAACUUAAACUUCCGUUUAGCCGCAGUGGUGACCUGCUACUUUUGCGCCGUUUGACCAUUUGACAAAGCAAGGGGAGCAGGUCACCUCUGCAGUAUCAAACUGGAACUUGACAUCUGGGAAGAGAUGGAGCGGAGAGCCAGCACCGGUAGGCCGGUAAGUAGAUUUCCCUUCUCAGGUCUGUCCAAGAGGGACAAGGGUUUGCCAUAGCCCCCUGCAGCAGACUGACUAACCACAGGGACACCCACUGAUCACAACACCAAGGGGGUCCAUCUCCCACAAACAUGUACAGUGUACAGGCUCGGUUCCAGAUAGGUGGGACUGGCCAAGAGAAGCUGCCUGAGUGGAGCAACAGUGCACAUGCUUGCUCCAUUCAGACGGGGACCCCUAUUCUUGUGAUCAUUGGGGGUUCCGGAGGUCAGAUCCCCACUGAUCAGACACAUACCACCGUGGAUGGUGUCAACCUUGGUACAACCUCCCAGGAUUCAGCAUCCUCUCUGAGGAUCGCAUCCGGCACACUGACCAAAGAAAGCGUCGUCUGGACGCGUUGCCCGCAUUGUUUACAGGUUUAUUCGGUGACAUUUUUUGUAUUUUCUCCUUUGCACUUUCAAUUUAACCAAAGAUUUUGUACUAAAAAAAUAAUAAUCCUGAAAGUAUUUUUGCAUUUUCUAUAGAGCAGUAUGUUUUGUAUAUGAAUAGCAGUUAUGCAUUGUAUAUGGGGGUUAUACUGGACAAGCCGCUGCCUGUCGUGCUGGGAUGUUUUUAUUUAACUCAUUCAGCGCCAGUACGACAGGAGAUAGGGUCGGAUCGUUGUCUUUUGCUGAUUUCUAACACUUUCUACCAGCAUCUCAAACAGUAUUAAAUACGUUUAUUUCAAGAGAAA